AUUCUCACAUCGCGAGGCAUAAGCAAAGACAAAAAAAGUGAGAACGAAGUGCGUUAUUUAAUUUUUAUACCAUUUAAUUUAAUUAGAAAUCUAAGCAAAGCAACAAAAUGCGCGAGUGAAAUUGUGUGACUCCAAAUACCUAAAAGGCUCCCGUGCCCGCAUCGUGUAAAUGGCAAAAAACUGACGCGAAAAGUAAAACUGCCAACAACAACAAGCAGCAGCAAACAGAAAGCAUAAGCAAGCACUAACAACAACAACACCAACAGCAGCAGAAGUAGCAACAACAACGCAAUUGUGAUAGACAAAGAAAUAGAUUAAGAAAGGGAGGGCAACAGCGAAAGAGAACAGAAGGAAAUGAGAGAAACGAAAACAACAUAAAUUAUUUGGAAAAUAUUUCCUUGCUCGAACAUAUUGAUAGACAUUGGGACUAAGAAGAGUCGAGUUAAUGCUUUUUGCACAUUUGAUACGCAACGAAAAUAGUUUUUAAAGUAAUAAGUAAUACGCAGCCAAAAGAAGAAAAAGAAGAAGCAGAGCCAUACAAAAUAAAAAGGAAGAGUGUGGAAGGCGAGGAAGGGAAUAAAACAACACAGUGGCGUUGAAAGAGAGGAAGCAGCAGACGAGCAAAAAUAAAGAGGAAGAGAUACAAAUGUUGUUGUUGCUGUUGCAAAUAAAAACAAUCACAUAAACACAUUUGGAUACAGAUACAGCCACAGCUGAUGUAAAAUAAUUUGCAGAGCCUGUGUGUUCGUGCCCGUUUACAAUUGAUUAAAACCAAAACACACGAACACACCGCGCACACAACCAGGCAACAAUAACACUUCACACACGUACACUCACACACACGCAACACAGUCACACUGGAGCACCAUUGUGGAAAUUGAUUAAAGAAUAUAAGCUAAACACUAACAACACGAGUAUAAGAGAACCAUAAGUACAAGCACACGUACCGAUGAGGGAAUACCAUUAUAUCGUCUGAAGCACUGCCAAACCAUUCGAGAGACGACAGGACCAGGAAUAGAGGGAGGAGAAGCGGGCGUGGGAGAGGGAGGAGCGGGAGUAUCCCCGCCAGAGAGCGGUAGUCAAGACGAGGAGACAGUGAAACACCAACGGCUCCAUGAUGCUGUACGUGUUCCACGUGGACGUUGGCCGCAUGCUAAGUUUUGACAUGAACGUUGCACUGCAGCCAGUGGAGCAUCUAAAGGAGACGAUCCAGAAGCUGCACAACAUCCCAGCCGCCAAUAUUGUUCUGCUAGUGAGCGGAGGCGAAAUGCUAACGCACUCCACCCAAGUGUCGUGCUACUCAGCUGGCACCGACACCAAUCCCAUCUAUAUGUUUCUAACGGGGGACGAGCGCCUACCGCCCACGAUAUACAACUCGGACGCCGACAACGAGCUCCGUCGUCAGGUAGAGGAAAGUCACCGGUUACCUCCGGCCCUGGAGACAGUGCGUCAGCGGGCACAGCUGGCCCAACACAUGCGAGAGUUGGCCAGAAAGGAGGAGGAUCAGUGCGAGCGACUGGUUCACGAGCAACACCUUCAGCAGCAGGGCUGGUCGGCUGUGGUGGCCAAUAUGGAGGAUCUGACGAACGAGUUUUGCGACCGCUUCCAGAAUUUCUGCUCCUUCUUUGACCGGCAUCUCCAGAAACGAGAGAGCUUUCUGGAGCUGCUGCGCAACUUUCCCGAUGAUCUCAAGCAGCUGGGCAGGAUUCCCAUACUCCCGGAUCUAAUGUCUCUUGCCGAGGCCGAUUUCCAUGGCUUUGACGAACUGUUGGAUAACGACGACGUGUUUACUGCCCAGCAACAGCCAGCGCCGCAGCAGCAGACUCUCACUGAAUCCUCGCAAGCAGACUCCCCCAAUAAGAAGCUCAAAAUGGGCGACGAGGUGGAAACGGAAUCUGGUGAGCAGCCGGAGCGCGGUGUUCAGACCUUGACGAGCAGCAGUUCGCUUGCCCGUCGCCCAAACUUGAACCUGCUGCAGUGGAUCAGUUCCAAGGGUAACCACAGGGCUCUGCAGCUCAUGUCAGAUGAGUGCAUCCAGGGACUGGACGUCUUCAGUGUGGAAAUUUACGAGAAGCUGAAAGAGGAAGUCAAUCAGAUCAUUAAGAUGGCCAACCAGGCCGAUGUUAAGGAGAUCAAGGGCCUCGGCGAUCGUCUCUGCAAGCUGGAGGAGUUUAAGUUCCGUAUCAAGAAGAUGGUGCAGGAGCAAAAGGAGCAGGCACUAGCCCUCCAGCAGAAUGAGGCGCGUGCGCAGAAUUUGCGCGACAACUCCGUCCUCCCGGAUCUUUGCCUCUCGCAUCGCUCCCAGCUACAGGUAAUGCUGGAUAAUCACACUAAGAUACGCGAGUACUGCCGCUGCAUAGCCAACUCCAAGGACGAGCUGGGCUGGAAUCUGCACACGCGUCUGCGACGGAUCGUGUGGAUUGAGAAUGGGAUGAGUGAGUUCGACAACAGAUUGCUGUUUAAUCAUCGCUGCUUGCGGCGUGCCGAACGCCACAUUUGCAUAAUCGAGCAGAUCCACCGGGCGCCGAGCACUUAUGUUUCGGCCGUGGCGGAGGUGGUGCGUCGGAAGAUCUUUUCGGAUGAGUUCCGGCAGUGGGCCACUCGUCUUUCUGCGGACUUCGAUCGCAUUCACAGCGAGGAGUUGCGCCGGCGGAGGGAGUUCAAUGCGAGCUUCGAAGGCCAUUUUCUCAAUAUUCUGUUUCCUGGCAUGGGUGACAUGCCCCCAGCUUUUGCAAAUGAGCACCCCUUGAGCUUUGACACACGUCUCCCUUCAUUGAGCCGAUCGGACAUGGAGCUGCUCUCCUCGCAGUUGCCAGAACUGGCCGGACAGCUGCAGUUGCCCGACAUGAAGCCUGUGAUAGACUUUUUCGCCCUGCGGUCGGAUAAGAAUGUGGAGCACGACCAAGAGCAGGAAAGGGAUACCCCACUAAUGGCUCCACGUUUGGCCGAGCUCCAGGCGCAGGCAGCUGCCUCUGACUGCGAAACCGAUACGGAAACAGAAUUCGAGAAGCUCAGCACCACCUCCAAGUGUGUUGCGACAUCAACCUCGACCAGUUUGGUGGAGCAAGUGGCACAGAGUACUGCUACCGAGGAUCUGCUGAUGCUAAGUGCUGGCACCCUGACCGAAGAGAAUGCAGGCAGUUUUCAGAAGAUGCGUAGCGACAUGGAAAAUAUGUCCAAGUUGGCCCGAGCGUGCCUCGCCGAAGCUCGUGCCAAUGUGGGCGUCUUUCGCAGUGACGUCGCCAACUACCAGGAUGAACUCCAGUCCGAGUUGCAUCUUCUGCGAGAUAAAUGCAAUGUGCUGAAAAUGAUGUGUGAGGAACGCGAGCAUAAAUCGCAAGAAAAGCUGGAUGAGAUGCGCUUGAAACUGCAACUGGCGGAGCAGGAGAAGCAGGCUGCUGUGGCCCAGGCGCGGGAGCAGCUGAUCCACGAGCACAAAACGGAGCUGGAGUCCCUUCGUUGCCGGUUUAAACUGAUGACCUCUAUGGAGCGCUCGCCAUCGGACAGCAGCCUUGAGAAAAUAGAGCGACCGACAAGCAGUGCUAGCGUGGUCAGCGCCAACGCUGGUGUGGAUAUCGACCAUCUGCUGGCCCAGCAGCGCCAGGAGCUGCUGGCCCAAAGGGAGCGUGCCAUUAGCGAAGCCGUUGAUUCGGAACGAUCGCUAUGGCAAUCACGUCUCCUGCCCCUGAACUCUGAAUCUGUGAUGGCCAACGUGGGCAUAUUAAAGGACAUGUUGGCCGACAAGGAACGGCAGCUAGAUCAGCUGCGGGAGCAGAAUAAGAUUCUCACCCAAGAGACGUACCAGCUGAAGACCCGACUGGAGAUGAUCACCAACGAGGAUGGCAACAGCUGGCUCAAGGAGAAGAUCGACUAUCUUAACAAGGACAAGUGCCGGCUGGAAGAGGAGCUCAGUCAGGAGAAGAGUCGGCGCCAAGAGAUGGAGUCCAGUGUGGCCGCCAUGAGAAGCUCUGCCUACGAUCUGAAUGUUGGUGGCCCCUUGACCCGAUCGAAGUCUGGCGUAAGUUCCAGUCACCGAUCUAUUGCCUUGGAAGGAUGUGCUCGAGGCGAUCUCGUCUUCGUCGUUUGGAGCAUGCGCCACGCGCAAUUUAUGGUCGUCCAGGACUCGCUCACCUUGUACUUUGUCCAUGCCGACAGUUUGGCUAGCCUCCAGUUGACAGCUCCGACCUCACCCACACCGUCAUUGGAUCCCUCGCAGGCAGCUGUGGAUCUCAACCAGAUCCCUCUGCCCUACUACGCCAUUGGUCGGGUCAUCGACAAGGAAUACUGCCAGGCGCGAAAGGACGACAAUCGAUAUCGCGUCAGUAGGGGCUCCAAGUUCUAUCGCAUCAAGCUGGCCCCUUUGCCCUCUCGAAACGCUUCGCGGCGUGAGCGUUUAGAGUCCAGCUCAUCCACUGCCGCAGUCGUGGCUUCGCCCAGAGAUGUCAUCGAUGCUCCCAGUAGCAGCACUAGCGUCUAUCAGAGCUUCAAGCAGCGCACGGUGAGCAUUACGAGCGUAAAUGAGGAGGAUGACGAGUCGGCUUCGCUGCUUAGCGAGCGUUGUCGCUACAUAAGCGUCAGCGAGGAGGAUGAGUUGCAUGCUGCUGGUGGCUCAGUGCCGGCAGUAACAGCUGCUGUUGCAACAGCCACAUCGACAGCAGCAUCAUCUGCAACACCAAUUACAACUGCUGCAGCGGUGGCAGGAGGUCCGACAUCAACUGCACCGACGGCAGCAACUCAAGCACAGUCUGUGAUAACAGAGCAGCCAACGGCAUCAAGUAAACUUAAAUUGGAUCUACUGUUGGCCUCUGCUGAUAUAAUAACACAACCCCUAACACAACAACCGCACCAACAGCGACAGGAACUUGAAAAGCCAGCUGAGGCGGAGAGUGCAGCGCCUGUGGCUGAAACAAGUCCAAAUCAAACAAUCCAAUCGGAGAAUCCGGAACCGGAACCGGAAACCAUCACCAUCUAUGUGCCCCCCAAUCCCCCAGCAGUAUUAACUGCAACACCCUCUACAAGUGCUAGCAUCCUGGCCAGCAUCAGUGCGGAGCCUAUCAUCAGCACAGCCUCCAUGCUGCCCAUGUCCAUUGGCACGGCGGCCAUAAGCGAGGACUCGGACGAGUAUCGUUCGCUGGAGGGCAAGGACGAUGGCGAUGGCGAUGUCGAUGCCGAUGCCGAUGAUUUUCCCAUUUCCGAGUAGUGUACGACAGUUGGGACUAACAUAUAACUACUUAUAUACAUAAAUGGAGUGUGUAUCUAGGCUAAAUCUUGUACUCUAUGUAGGAACCGCAUCCAAACCAACAACCAAUACCCGAAAAAUGAAAAAUAAGCCUCAGGGCCAACACACAACACACACAAUAGAGUAGCCUCAAAAAACGACAUCAGCCAGCAACAAAAACAGUAACGUGAAAGUUAUAUACUUAACUGAUUUAAAGUUAACCAAGUGCGGAAUAUAUAUUCAAAAAGAAAGUGAAAACAAAUGUUCUAAUGUCCGCAUAAUGAAAUAAUCUUAUCAAAUUUGAAAGCGGGAUUUAUCCCUUCAAAUGCAACCACACCGAGACACAGACACAGCUAGGAUUUUCAAAAUUUUUAUUUCAAAUAAAAAUAAUGUACUUUAACAAAUUUACCUUAUAAUCAAAAUAUUUACAUCGGUAGUUUUCGGUUUAAAGUUAUUGUUUGCUUCAUUUAGUGCCAAGAAAAUUAUUUCCAAGUCACAUUAGUUUCGUAGCGCGUAAAAUUGAGAUGAGGAACACAAGAAAUCAUAUUUUUUAUAGGCAUUUUAAAAAGACUAGAACACAAAGAGUUUGCACACACACACAGACCCACCCUCACACAACAAACAACACACCACACAAAACCCAAACACGCAAAAAACAAGAAACACAAUCUUUUGGGCUCAGCCUGCGAAAAACACAGUUUUAUGCUCAGCUUACACCAC